CAUAAAUUGAACUUUGACCUUAAACGAUAAUGAAAGUAGGAUUUGACGCGUUUAACAAAACAUUUUAAUUUAUCUUAUAGACAUUAAUUAUGGCAGAAGGUGCACAUUUAACAUCAGCAGUAGGUCACGAGCGACCUUCUGUGUUUGAAGUUUUAGCUCAGGAGAGCCUGAUAUCGACGGUUAGACCUGCCAUAAAACAUGCAGUCAGGGUUGCUGCAGAGAAUCGUCCAGAAAGAUUUGGAUGGUUGUUACAACAUUAUGAUGAAGUCUACACGGCCUUGAACUUUCUUUUGGAACAAUACUACCUUAGAAAAUACUGUGCAACAUUUGCUGAGAAUUUCUACAGUUUAAAGAGAGUUUAUGGUGAUACACCAAGUUCAUCACGGCUACCUAGAGGUGUUGUCUGGAAAUCAUUAUUUUAUGUGGUGAUACUGCCUUAUAUUAAACAAAAGAUGGAUGAAAAAUUUGAAGACUUGAGACAUGUAUAUAAUACUUAUGCUGGGAACCAGGAGAUGUCAAGGUUAAGCAAGACAUUUGUAGCAGUAUAUCCCUAUGUACACACAGUGUGGGAGGGAGCAGUUCUUUCAUAUCAAACAGCUUAUAUGUUCGGGAAAUGUGAUUGGCAUUCACCAUUUCUACAUCUCACUGGAGUGACCUUGUGUAAUGACCUUGAAGAAGGAGAUAGCAUAAGUUCAAGGUCAACACCAUGGCAACAGUUAAGUUUACAAGAGAAGCUGGUGUUAGUUGUGAAGAAGUUGUUGAACUUUACAGCUGUCUCUGUCUCCACCAGUCUGUCAGUGGGGCUUUUCUUCAUACAGUUUUUAGAUUGGUGGUACACUAGUGAAACUAGCCAUAAAUCUUUAACAUCAUUACCAGUACCUGACCCUCCUGAGAGGGAUUCAUCAUCAGAGGCGACACAGUUUAAUAUUUGCCCGAUAUGUCACAGAACUAGGUCAAAUGAUACUGCCCUGUCAGUGUCCGGGUAUGUGUUUUGCUACCCGUGUAUAUACGACUACGUGAAGGAAUAUAAAAAGUGUCCAGUUACCAAGUUCCCAGCACAAACAGAACAUCUCAUCAAGUUAUAUAUAACAGCACCAUAGCAGUUUAUUGGUUCUUGUGUUUUUAUGGCUGAAUGGAACACUCUAUAGUAUCAUAUAAGCACUAGAUGUAAGCAGCUUGAUGUUUCUCCUGAAAAUGGAACAUCCUGUAGAUUUAUGUAUGACCAGAGAUCCAUGUAACUGGUUUUUCUUCUUGGUUAAAACUGGAACAUCAUUUUGUAAAAUUGUCAACCACCAAUUGUUUUCUAUUCAAUUCUGAAAGGAACAUCCUGCAUAAUUUCUAUAAAUGACUGGAUCUUAGCUAUUAAUUUUUGAUCUUGGCUGAAAUGGAACACAUUAUCAAGUUAUGCAUCAUAGGAUCCUUAUCAUGGAACAUCAUGCGUAAUUUCUAAUAACUGCAUGUUAGCAAAUGAUUUUUGUUCUUGGCUGACAUUUGAACAUGGAACAGGGGAUACUUGUCAUGGAACAUCCAUUCUGCAGAAUAAGAGAUCAUCAUAUUGGAAAAUCCAACUGAAAUGUUUUGUGCUUUACAGAAAUGGAACAUUUAUAAACAUACAAGCAUAGAAGAAGAUUUUAAACACAAUAUAGAUAAUGUCUAGUUGUUUGCUGGAAUGCUAAGAGUACUUUAUCACUGAAUUUGAGCAAAUGGCUUUCAUUCUUGGAUGGAAUGGAACAGAAAUAGAAAACAUUAAAACUCACUUACAUAAGACAGAAGGUCUUCCUCCAUAAAUAAACCUAAAAUGUCACCAUGAACUUCUGUAGAAUUGUAUGUAACAUAAUAUAGGAAGUUAUUUUGAUGUUUGACUUAAAUGAACAUUAUAAUCCAAAUUUGAAGUCACAGGCUCUAACUUUAAUGUUUGGCUUAAAUAGAACAUUCUGUGAAAAUUAAUUUUAUGUAACAAGAUCUUAAAAACUUGGUUGAAUGUUUGACGAAAAUGGAACAUUCUAAACAAUUUCGCGUAACAAAAUCUCUGGAACUUUUUAACUUAACUGAAAUGGAACAUUCAUUAGUUGUUUAUGAAAAAGGAACAUAUGACUUUAGCACAGUGUUUGGCUGAUAUAGAAUAUUCUUGAGAUGUUUAUGAAAAAGGAGCAUAUGACUUUAGUUCAAUAUUUUGUUGAAAUGGAACAUCCUGUAGAGUUUCAUGUUUCAAGAUCUUAGGAACUUUUCUUGUAUCAUAUUGUUUGAUGUUUGGUUGUUUAAUGUUUGACCAUAAUGGAGCAUAGCAUGGAGACUGACCCAUGAUAUCUGCAUUUGAGAAAAAUGACAGUGACUUUUAACAAAUUUAGAUUUAUAAUUUAUAACAAUGCUGUGCAUUUAUUUUACCAUUGUUUGCAUAAAGUUCAAGAGUAAUAUAUUCAGUGUAAACAAUGUUUUUGUCUUUUAUUUCAAUGCUGUGGAAUUCUUUGAGUGUUGAACUUGGUAAGCUACUGGUAAAUAGUUUGAAAUUUUCCCUAAAUAUAAUAAAUGGGUGUGUCCAGAUUAAAAACUGGACAAGUCCAUUUAAGAAAAUCAGUAGGGUAGGAGUUAAACAAUAUAUGAUGUUUCAGAAUAAGUAUGCUAAUAUUUACUUUAAUAACAACUUGGUAUUUAGUAUUUUAUGGUUAAUCUAAGGUCACAAGUAGUUAGUAGUUUAGAAAUAAGUGCUACACUGGAAAAAGCUAUAACUUUGUAAUUAAUGAAUGUAUUGCUUUCAUAUUUAUGCACAGCAAUCCUUAGGACAAAACUUUAAUAAAAAGAUUUAAUUGAACUUGACCUUAAUUUGACCUUCACUCUCAGGUCAAGGUCAAGUUAGUGAAUUUUUUAUACAAUUUGUGAAAGCUAUGUUAUUUGUUUAUGGAUUUGAUUAAUACUUGGACAAAAAAACACAUGACAAAACAGAGAU